UGUGGGCCGGCCCCUUCCAUGGAGCCGGGGCUGCUGCCGAGCGCCUCCUGGGCGGACGCCGCCAUGAGGCUCUGAGAGGCGGCUGCGUGCGGAGGACCCAGCCGGUCGCGCUGCGGAGCGCCCCGAACCUGGCGCCGGCCUCGCCCCCGGGCAGGGGAGCCCAGCGCUGCGGCCGCCGCUACUGCCGCCGCCGCGGGUCCGGCCGGGCGGGCGGCCCGCCCGGGGCCAUGUAAAGCGGCAGCGGCCGGGGGGAGCCGAGCCGAGCUCGGGGAGAGGAGCCGUCGCCGCCGCCGGCCGGGGAGGCCCCGCGGGGGGGGAUCAUGGCGACGUCUAAUCUCUUAAAGUGAGAAGCAUAUUCUCAGAGAGCCUUCUUUAAAUGUAAAAUUAGAAUGAUCAAUCAUAUGUUGAAUCCUGGUGACAUACAAAAAAUCGUAAUGUGAUGAAAAUAUUGAAGUACUUAGUAAGAGCUAGCCAUUACAUGGUAAGCUAGUGCAUACCCUACCUGUAGCAGAACUGCUCUCCCACGUUGAGGCUGUGGCUUUCCUGUAGAUGACUGAGCCAUUUCUAGAAUAAAGGUUCACUUCAGUUUGAAGACAAAUGGGAUUUCAUGCGCCCUAUCGUUCUGAAACUUCUUCGUCAGGAGUCUGUCACAAAACAGCAAUGGUUUGAUCUGUUUUCAGAUGUACAUGCAGUUUGCUUGUGGGAUGAUAAAGGUCCAGCAAAAAUCCAUCAGGCACUGAAGGAAGACAUCCUUGAUUUUAUUAAACAGGCACAAGCAAGAGUGCUGAGUCAUCAAGAUGAUACAGCUUUACUAAAAGCAUAUAUAGUGGAGUGGCGCAAGUUCUUCACACAGUGUGAUAUUUUGCCCAAGCCAUUUUGUCAAUUAGAGAUUACUUUAAUGGGCAAGCAGGGCAGCAACAAGAAGUCUAAUGUAGAAGACAGUAUUGUUCGAAAGCUCAUGCUAGACACCUGGAAUGAAUCCAUAUUUUCAAAUAUAAAAAACAGACUUCAGGACAGUGCAAUGAAGCUAGUUCAUGCUGAAAGACUAGGAGAAGCUUUUGACUCUCAGCUUGUUAUUGGAGUUCGAGAAUCAUAUGUUAACCUUUGUUCUAAUCCUGAAGAUAAACUUCAGAUAUAUCGGGAUAACUUUGAAAAGGCAUAUUUGGAUUCAACAGAGAGAUUUUAUAGAACACAGGCUCCUUCUUAUUUACAACAAAAUGGUGUACAGAAUUAUAUGAAAUAUGCAGAUGCUAAACUAAAAGAAGAAGAGAAAAGAGCACUACGAUAUUUAGAAACAAGGCGUGAAUGUAACUCUGUAGAAGCACUAAUGGAGUGCUGCGUCAAUGCCCUCGUGACAUCUUUUAAAGAGACUAUUUUAGCUGAAUGCCAAGGCAUGAUCAAACGAAAUGAAACAGAAAAGUUGCAUUUAAUGUUUUCACUGAUGGAUAAAGUUCCAAAUGGCAUAGAGCCUAUGCUAAAAGACUUAGAAGAACAUAUUGUUAGUGCUGGACUUGCAGAUAUGGUAGCAGCUGCUGAAACUAUUACUACUGAUUCUGAGAAAUAUGUAGAGCAAUUGCUCACACUAUUUAAUCGAUUUAGUAAGUUGGUUAAAGAAGCUUUUCAAGAUGAUCCAAGAUUUCUUACUGCGAGAGAUAAGGCGUACAAAGCAGUUGUGAAUGAUGCUACAAUAUUUAAACUUGAAUUGCCAUUGAAGCAAAAGGGUGUUGGAUUGAAAACACAGCCUGAAUCCAAAUGCCCUGAGCUUCUUGCUAAUUACUGUGACAUGUUGCUAAGAAAAACACCACUAAGCAAAAAACUAACCUCUGAAGAAAUUGAAGCAAAGCUUAAAGAAGUGCUUUUGGUACUUAAAUACGUACAGAAUAAAGAUGUUUUCAUGCGAUAUCACAAAGCUCACUUAACAAGACGCCUGAUAUUAGAUAUAUCAGCUGAUAGUGAAAUUGAGGAGAAUAUGGUGGAAUGGCUCAGAGAAGUAGGAAUGCCAGCAGACUAUGUAAACAAGCUGGCUAGAAUGUUCCAGGAUAUCAAAGUGUCUGAAGACUUGAACCAGGCCUUCAAAGAAAUGCACAAAAAUAAUAAACUUGCUUUACCAGCUGACUCUGUGAAUAUUAAAAUUUUAAAUGCUGGCGCCUGGUCCCGAAGUUCUGAAAAAGUGUUUGUCUCGCUGCCCACGGAAUUAGAAGAUCUCAUCCCCGAAGUUGAAGAGUUUUAUAAAAAGAAUCACAGUGGUAGAAAACUGCACUGGCACCACCUCAUGUCCAAUGGAAUUAUAACAUUUAAGAAUGAGGUUGGCCAGUAUGACUUGGAGGUAACAACAUUUCAGCUAGCUGUGCUGUUUGCAUGGAACCAAAGACCCAGAGAGAAGAUCAGCUUUGAAAAUCUUAAACUGGCAACUGAACUCCCUGAUGCAGAACUUAGGAGGACUUUAUGGUCUCUUGUAGCAUUUCCAAAGCUGAAACGUCAGGUUUUAUUGUAUGAACCUCAAGUCAAUUCACCCAAAGACUUUACAGAAGGAACCCUCUUCUCGGUGAACCAGGAGUUCAGUUUAAUAAAAAACGCUAAAGUUCAGAAAAGGGGCAAGAUAAAUUUGAUUGGUCGAUUGCAACUUACUACAGAGAGAAUGCGGGAAGAGGAAAAUGAAGGAAUAGUCCAGCUAAGAAUAUUACGAACCCAGGAGGCUAUCAUCCAAAUAAUGAAAAUGCGAAAGAAAAUUACUAAUGCCCAGCUUCAGACUGAACUGGUAGAAAUAUUGAAAAACAUGUUCUUGCCACAAAAGAAAAUGAUAAAAGAGCAAAUUGAAUGGCUUAUAGAGCACAAAUAUAUCAGAAGAGAUGAGUCGGAUAUCAACACCUUCAUAUAUAUGGCAUAAUUUGAGGACUCUGCAGGAUGCUGAGAACAUAAAUGGAAGGGUGCUUGGACAGACAGCUGCAACAGUUUGUGCUGCAGAAGGACUUGUUUUGACUUUCGUUACGUAUUAAAAUCCCUGCCUUACCUUACAGAGGACUAUAUUUUGCCAAUCUCAUUCAGCUAGCAUGAUGGCAUUCCCUUCAUGUUGCACACUUUUAACAGCAUGCUGUUUUGUGGGAAACUUGCAUUCAUGAAGAGCCCAUUGUGAACUUCUAAAAGUAGAUUUGAUUUACACCCACCAGGAAGAAUACAGGUUUGGGUUUUUAGAUGACCAGUACUUGCACAAGGAAAAAAUAUUCAAAUAUUCAUGCACUGAGGAACUGCUAAUUAGUUUUGUUUUGGGUUUGGUUUUUUUUGUUUGGUGUCCUUUUUUUUUUUUUUUUAAUGCAAUUAGGACUAGAAGUAGCACUUUCACUUUUGUGUUUUGGAUCAACAGAGUAAUGUACUGUCCACCUUUGAUCCUUUUUGUGUAAUAACGUUUGAGAGACACAAACACAUGCAUCACAACUGAUAUGUAUUUGUUGCAGUUAAAACCUGUUGGCUAGAGCAGUGCUUCAAUCUAGUAACUGGAUUUUAAUAAUUGACACAUAAGUGACAUAAAAGUAAUUCCAAGUCAUGGGUGAUAUUUUUCCUUAAGCAAGAGAUCAUUGUUUUUAAAUUGUUUGCUGUAAACAAGUGGAUAUACGUUAUUUGUUACCUUGUUUGGAUGGAUGAUUUGCUACAAUCCUUUUUGAGAAGGUAAAGCUUUCUUCAAUGAUACUUCACUCUAAAAGCAGUUUUCAUGUCUGUUAUACUGAACAGAAAUAUUAAGUGUAUUUCCUUGUACAUUUAAUAUUUGUAUUCCAAAUAUUUAAGUAUGACUACAUAUAUCUGAAUGCAUUAAAGAGUAAUUGAUGCACAACUCCCCCAGAAAGAAAAUAACACUUGAAGAUCCCUGUACUAAUUCCUCAUUGGUAACUUCAUAUGUACGUGCAAGGUUAAUGCAAUUGGACUGGUUUGUUGCUUAGAAGUCAGCAUCUUUGUAUGAAAAACAAACCUUCUGGUUUUUAUUUUGAAACUGGCAGGGUAGGAAAUAUAAUUCUAAUGAAAAUGGUAAAAAGCUAAGGGAAGAUACCUUGGUCAGUGUAUGCAGAGAGAGUGCCAAAUACACAUCAGGAAUUUCAACUUUUUAAUGUUACCUCUUCUAUUUUCAAUCAUCUUAAGUAGUCGUUUGGCACUGCCUGCCUCUCUGCUGCUCUAAAAUGUCCCAGCAUGUAUUGGACUGAUAACAUGAAUCACUGGAGCAGAGUGCCUGUCUUGGGACAAAAGGUAAGUUGAGCUUUACUCAGUUCUGUAUGAAUAUUCUAUAAAUUGCAAGUGUGUGAAUUUUUUUUUUUUAAUUAACCAGUUCAAGUUCAUCAUCUGAAGGUCUCAUUUUCUUUGAUGAUUGAAAGGGGGAAGAGGAUACAAUUAACUUUAGUCAAAAAGGAGAACCUUCCAGUAAGUAAGAGGAGGAGUUUUGCUUUCACAUGGUUGCAGUAAAGUAUACAAUAAGAGCGGUUUAAAAGCAAACUCUGCAAGAAUGGCUGUUUGCACCCUUAAACAGGCUGCAUGCUCUAUUACUAAUGUAAAAGCCAAUGUGACUGCCUGAUAACAGUGUGUACUUGGACAUCUAUUUGGGGAAGAAAUUUUUGGUAGUGAGGGUUUCAUGAACAAGAGAUGGAGAGAAGUUGAGACCUGGCCAAUUACAAUUGAUUAAAAUCUCACAGCUUAUGUUACAUGCUUUUUUUGAUACUCAAAAGCAGAUGCUGUUUAAAAAUUGCAUCUUUUAUGUUGGCCCUGUAGUAUUGCAAUUCAGAAUCAAAAGCAAGUGGUGCUCUAUGUAGUUAACCAGUAAAACUAUUUGAACAUUAGAAAACAAAAUUCUAAUAAAAAACUUUCUGCUGCAAGACUUUCAGUCUUUGUAACUUAAAAGUAAUAAAUGCUCACUUGGGUUAAUUGGGGGAAAACAUGGCAGUCUGAGCACACUCUUUUCAACAUGAAAAAUUCCAACCCUUAACCAGAGAAGAACAAGUGUGAAACUGUCAUGCAGAAAGAACUGCAAAGGGGGUAAUGCUGAUUUUGAAGCCAUUGAUUUAGAUUUGAGAGAGAGAAGUUUGAGAGGCAGCAUCUCGGAUACAACUGUUUAGGAAGCUGGAGUGUAUGCAGAAAGCAACAGGUUGCUAAAAGCUAAGGAGCUACAUGUUCCCUCAACUAUUAAAUAUAAAAUAAUACAACCCAAAUGUUAUCUAUAUAUUUCUCAACACCUGGGAUGCAGAAAGAGAAUUGGUAAUGUGCCUAUGACAUGGUCAUUUUUCAUUGAAUACAUACCGGAAAUGGAUGUCAGGUUUUUUAUUAAAUCUGAGACUCACACCAGCAAAUUUGUUAAAGAUGCAGAAUCACAUUUAGCGUCCUUCAUCAGGUCACUUUCACCAAUAUGCACUUAAAACUAGUAUCACCUGGGGCACAGGGAGAUACCUGGGGUAAACUGUUCUUUUGGGGAGGGUGGAGUUCAGAUCUAAAUGAAAAUGAACUAUUCUUCACUUGCAAUAUGGCAACAACGCACUUUUAAGGCUGCAAUUUUUAGCUAUGAAUAUAUAUGUCCAAAGACCUAGCUUAAAGAGGUGCUGCAUCUGAAAAACAUGUUGCCACACACACUGCCACGGUGAAUAGCUAUGGAGUGAAAUCUGGUUUAGAAGAGGUUGGGGGGUGGGGGAGGGAAUCACUCUUAAUGGGUUUAAUUAAGAAAUACUGUUAAAUCUUUCUCUGUCCCAACAACUUGAUGAGGAUCUCGGUUUCGAUUCUGAAGUCUUCCAUUUUCCUCUUUCUACAGUUGGUGUCCCUAGCUUCUAAUUUUAUUCAUCUGUCUUUCAUUUGUUACGACUGUAAUACAAUUACAUUUCCAAAAGACAAUGUGACUUUCUUGUUUUCACCUUUUUAAACUUAACGCAAAUGUUCUGAAUGUUCAUAUGUUGCAUUUAUUUGCAUUGGGAUGCCAUUGUCCUGUAAAGUGCAAAUUUUAAAAAUACAAUUGGCAAAAUGAUUUGAUAGUUUUACAGGAAGAUUUGCUAUCUUAAACUCAAACUGUUUUCUAUUUUCAUCUAAAUGACUGGGAUGCUAUCUUUGUAAUUCUUUGAGGUCAUAUUUGUGAAAUAAACAAUACAUGAAAGCUUUCCUGUCAUAUACACUAUAUGUAGUCUGGAGUGUUGAGCAAACUUGAGUUCCUGAGUUGUAAUAUCUAUCUACGUAUGGUAUUUACAAUUUUGAAUGUGUGCCACUACCGAGAUAAUAAUGCUGUACAAUUUUGAAUGGUGGUAGUUUCUGUAUGGCAGUCCAGCUGAACUAUUUUGAUGUACUGCUUAAUUUUUGAAUUUUAUUUUUUAAGUUGUAUAAUUUAUUUUCUUGCAAAAUAAAAAUGUAAUAUAAAAGACUA